UCUCCUCCACAAGCUAAGUAUAUCUUCAAUUCCAACCAAAACCCAUCUCAUUUUUUUGUGUUUUGAGCUCAUACAAACUUCAAAGUUUCAAUCUUUUUGGCUAUUUAUUCAUACCCAAAUCUCACUCUUUUCCCCUCCUCUGUUUUUUUCUUCUUUGUUUUCGAAUUUGUAUACACCAAAAUAAUGUCGUCCAGUAUCUAUCAAGGGUUGCAAUCAUGUCUUAUGGAACCACGUGUUUUAAGGCUCAAAUUGACUCCCUGCAAAUCCAUUUCUUCCCCGCCGUCGGCCCAAGAACAAGAUUCCGAUCUCUCUGCUACUCAUGCUGACCUACAAUUUGAAACCCAUCUGAAAAUGGAAGAGAAUGAUUCCGCCGGUGCCGGCGCCGGCGCCGGAGAUUCUCCUGCAGAAAACAGAGUCGCUGGGAAUGACGGCGGGAAUGGUGUUGGUGGAUGGAGCUUUCUCCAAGCUCCGUCGGGUGUGGAUGGCCAUCCUCCGGCGAAGCAAUAUUCCCCGACGAUAGCGCUCAGCCAGAAGAGUCUUGAAAUGUGUACUGAGAGCUUGGGCAGCGAGACCGGCAGCGAUGGCAGCGAGAUUGGCGGCGACGAGAAAAUGUCUCUGUUUUCAUCCGACGAAACAGAGAUUUCUCCGUCGUAUAGCUCCGGCGGAAAGUCAGUUAAGUUUUCAAAGCUUCGAACGAAGAAACUCGUCAAGCCCAGUUAUCCUCCACCAUUGACGUCGAUGAGUGGGUCAAUGAGCGUGAAGGUGAAGCCUUAUCGGGAAGACGGGCGGUUAGUGUUGAAAGCGGUGUCGAUUCCAUCGACGAAGCCAUGUUUUGAGGUGGUGCGUGGCGGGGGAAGGCUGAGGUUGAGGUUGUUGAAGCAUUGUCUUUUGUUGAAUAGUUUAGAAGAAGGAGAGGAAGAAGUAGAAGAGAAAGGAGAGAGGGAGGAGGCUGAGAGUACCGAGAGCGGUGAGCGGCGGCGGAAGGGGAGGAGAUGCAAGGAAGGUGGCGGAGGAAGAAAAGAGUUGGUGAAUUGGGAGCCAUUUUUGGUCUCCACUUGAAGAACUUCUAUUAUUUCCCUUUUAUUCUCUAAUUUCUGACUAUGAUGGCUAUAUCAUGAUAUAUUUUGUAUGUUUGAUUUUGCAAUGUACAUGCUAAUUGCUAAUGGCAGUUAUUAUGGUUACUUUCUCUCUCCUCAAAAAAAAAAAAAAAA